AUGAGAUGCGAGAUCGGUCGGCGCGAGGCCAACAACGAAGUUCAAGAUGUAUCUUGCUCCAUGGGGCACGAAGAGUGUCUUGAAGAAGGUAGCAACAUAUUUAAAAGUUUGAUACAAGAUCCAAAGGAUGUUCGUCCUCAUCCUGAUAUCCGUACGCUAGUUUAUUAUUACGCAAUGCACCGUAUUGGCAGUGAAGCGUCACGGAAUACCAUGUUCCAACGAUUUCUUGCUGAGACCGACUCCGCGGGGAAACUAAAGCUGAUGCAAGGACCGCCUGGAAUGUACUCCGAUUGGAUAUUGAAUGAGUUCAUCGCGACAGUCAGCGAUAAAAAUUAUGUUCGCUCCCAGGACUUCUUCGGUUGUCUAUCCGCUAUUUCGAACAACCUAGUCGGAACUCCACUUGUCUGGAACUGGGUUCGAUCUAACUGUGAACUCUUUGUAAACAGAUACUCCUUAAGUGUCAGGUACUUUGGCGCUUUGAUCCCGAGUAUCACCAAGACAUUCGCCACGAAGAUGAAAUUGAAAGAAAUCGAAGAUUUCUUCGCGAAAUAUCCUGAAGCGAGCGCCCUAUUUUCGUACCCUGUCUGUGGUGAAACACCUGCUUUAAUUCCUGAGUUAUCAUUUAAUGUUGCACUAAUAAAAGCAAAAUAUCGUAUUAGUGUUUAUCCUAAACACGUGAAAACAAUAUAA